GAGCAUGCGCAGCUGUGUGAUGGUAAUGGCGCCGACGAAAGUUGCGGAUCGACAGUCGGGAGUUAGAAGAAGAUCUACAGGCAGGAAAAUCAAACUAAUCAUUCUAUCAAGAUCUAUACCAUGACCUGAAUAUCAUUGACCUUUAAAACUGAAAGGGGAAAUGUUUUUUUCUGUGAGCCAGAAAUGAUUUCAAACCUCAGUGUGACUGGAAAUGCAUGAGAACACACCUAUUUGCCAGAGCAUCAACUGUACAAGAAGCUCUACGCAGUGAUACAGCUUGAAAGAAAAUUGCAAUGUUCACAGCAGAGAAUAAUUCCAGGGGAUUGUAUGUGGUAGAGGUUUCGAUAGAUAAUCCAAUCUCGAAAUGCACAAGGACACCCACACGAUGGAGAAACCGUGGAAGUGUGAGAACUGUGGGAAGAGAUUUUGUUAUCCAUCUCAGCUGGAAAGUCAUCGACGCAGUCACAGCGGGGAGAGGCCAUUCACCUGCACCCAGUGUGGGAAAGGAUUCACUCAGUUAUCCAAUUUAAAUAAACACGAGAGAACUCACACUGGGGAGAGGCCAUUCACCUGCUCCAAGUGUGGAAAAGGGUUCACUCAGUCAUCCAAUUUGGAUAAACACCAAAGAACUCACAUUGAGGAAAAGCCAUUCACUUGUUCUGAGUGUGGGAAAGGAUUUACUCAGUCAGCCAACUUACUUACACACCAGAGAACACACACUGGGGAGAGGCCGUUCACCUGCUUUCAAUGCGGUAAAGGAUUCGCUCAGUUAUCCAGCUUACAUAUUCACCAAAUAACUCACAGUGGAGAGAAACCGUUCUCUUGCUCUGAGUGCGGGAAGGGAUUCACUCAGUUGGCGAGCUUACGAACACACAAGAGAAUUCAUACUGAAGAGAAACCAUUCAAUUGCUCUUUGUGUGGGAAGGGAUUCACUCAGUUAUCCAACUUACAUACGCACAUGACAACUCACACCAGAGAGAAACCGUUCACCUGCCCUGAGUGUGGUACGAGAUUCACUCAGUUAUCCAGCUUACAUAGACACAAGAGAAUUCAUACAGGGGAGAAAUCAUUCACGUGCAUGGAGUGUGGAAAGAGAUUCAGUCAGUUCUCCAACUUACGUAGACACAAUGAGAACACACACAGGAGAGAAAAUAUUCAUUCACCUGCUCCAACUUAACGAAACACAAGCAAUUUCACGUUUGGGAGGAGCUGUUUACUUUCAAUCCAAUCUGCUUAUAUGAGAGAGUGAUAAACAAUCUUUUGAAUGGUUGGACUAUGGGAAGUGCUGUAAAAGUUCCGGGAACUGAUGUACCAACAGGUUCACACUGAUGAGUGAUAGAUUAGGUGUUGUCUCUGAGACUGGGUUCAAGUGAUCACAUUACUGCACUCUGCACAAAUGCACUCACACUGGACAAUUGCCAUUCACAAGGCUGCUCCAGGUGUGGGAAAGAAUGCAGUCUAUCAUCCUAACUGUUGAGACACUGGCAAGUUCACAGUGACUACAGGAGUUGAAUUCCACUAUUUUUGCUGUUGUUAGUCACAUCCAGGAUUGGAAAGGUAGACGGGCCCUCAGGAGCAUGAGAAAUGUUUCUCAGCCAUUCUAUUCUGUGGUUCAGAGCUCCUAGACAUAGAACAGAAGCUCCUAUAUAAUUGGAGUCUACAAGAACAACUGUGAAUGCUGGAAACAUGCUGAAAAAAUAAGAGAGUGGUGUCAAACUGAUCUGUUCUUACUGAAAGCAAAAUACCAGGUUGAGUUUCUAGUCUAAAAAUGGCUGUGUUCAUUAUGGUGCAUUGAUCUGAAACAUUUGUAUGUCAUUCCUGAUUCAACUGUUCAAAAUCUGCAAUGAACACAACUUGUGUUAAUGUAGAACCUUUUGCAAUAAAUAUCAUAAGGUGUUUCACAGAUGAUCCAAAUCUUAGUUGAAGAGGUAGAUUUUGUUGAAGUGAGAAGUGUAAGGAUAAUGUUCCAAAGUUUGGGACUCAGUAGCUAAAGCAUAGCCUCCAAUGGUGGAGUGAUGCAGAUUGGGAUAGGAUGAGGUGAGAGUUUGAAGAACACAGGGAUCUCAGAGGAUUUUAGUGCUGGUGGAAUCUUUAAAAAAUGU